AUGGCUCCAGGAAGCGUCUCCAGUGUCACCUCCUCCUCAUCCACCGUCACAGCUGGCUCCUCUGCGUCCUCUGAGUCUGAAAAGCCAGGCCUGAGUCGCCACGGGGUUGUCGUGGGCCGCCGGAAGCCAUCCAUGCUGCACAUGGUGCUGGAGGCUCUGCAGGCUGGGGAGCAGCGCCGGGGCACGUCGGUGGUGGCCAUCAAACUCUACAUCCUGCAUAAGUACCCAACGGUGGACGUCAGCCGCUUCAAGUACAUGCUGAAGCAGGCCUUGGACACAGGCCUGCGCAGGGGCCUCCUCACCAGGCCCGCCAACUCCAAGGCCAAGGGUGCCACCGGCAGCUUCAAACUCAUCCCCAAGCACAAGAGGAAGAGCCAGCCCAGGAAAGCACUCCCCCUGACAGCUGCCAGGAGAGCACAGGGCAAGGGCCCCGCCAACCAGAGCGAAGGGGAGAAGGCCACCGAGAAGUGGGGAGAGGCCGGGAAGAUUCCUCCCAGACCAGGAGCUACCAGAGAGAAGGCCCCUAAAAGAGGCAGUGAGGCUGUGGAUGUCGGGGCAAAACCAGACAAGGCCACCCGGGCCCCUUCCAGCACCAAUGGGCUCAGCAGCAAGAUAAGGGUCAAAGGCACGGGGAGAAGACAAGGCGUUGCAGAGACCCACAGGAAAACUAAGGCUGAGGGCCAGAGCUCAAAACCCACAGCUAACAAGGUCCGGAAUGGUGCUGCCCCCACCAAACAGAAGAUAGCGGCCAGGGCACCCACAGGGACAGUUGCCCUGGGGACUGGGGAGAAGCCGAAAAGCAAGGCAGCUGCUCCUUCCCAGGGAGGGCCCAAGGUGCAGUCCACACAAGCAGCCAGGAAGAGGGAGUCCACCAAAGAAUCUUCGUUCAAGGGCUCGUCAUCCAAGGUGUCCAGCAAAAAGGCAGAGGCCAGGAGCUAG